CCAUCCCAGCCUUUUCUUUUUAAAUUUGCAUGUGUGACUUAGGUUGUUUCCAGGCAGGUUCCCGGGGCCCUUCUGCAGUCAUGGGGAGAAUAAGGUGGGCUCGGAGAUCUCUUCCAUGGGGCACAGCUUUCAGUGUUUGAACCCGGCCGGGGAGAAGGCAGUGGGAGGCAGAGCCCGUAUGGGAAUUACGCCCUCUGCCAACCGUGCAUAAGUACCCUUUCCAAAACUCCAUCGGGUCUGCCAAGGAUCACCUGUGUGUGCGAGGUCAUACCCACACCCCGGAUCUCCCAGGGACCUGGCCAGAGCGUGGGGCGACACUCCUUGAGGUGCCUGGCUUGGGUGGGGGGGAGCGUGGGGCACAGACUGGCUGUGUCCCCCCCCCCCAGCCCUCUGAACUUGCCUUGUCUAUAAAACAGGAGUGAACCCCAGUUCCUGGGACACUUUGAGAGUGAGUGCCCUCUCAUCCAGAGCCUCGUGAGGGGAGAAGGGAGAGUGCCUUGUCCACUGCCCUGGCCCCCAGCCUCCAGGAACGAGAGGGCUGUAGAAGGACACAUGUCGUCUCAGUCUUUUCUACCUAACUUUGGAGAAAAACCCUAGUUGAGAGUGGGCGUCUGGGGUGAGGUCCCCGCUCUAAAACAGGGUUUGUUAAGGGGGAAGGUGGUCCCUAGAAUCGCUGUGGGUAGCUGCUUGUGUACAUUUUUCUGAGAUAGUCUGAAGUUUUCACGAGUUGCCUAGAGGGGGCUAAUGAAUUUGCAGGCUCCGAACUUGGUUCUGGUACGAGCUAACUGAGCUGCACCUGCCCACGGGGCUCACGCCUCCUAAUAUUUCUUCGUAAGCAACGGACGGGGAGAAGAUUUCAGUCUUAGUGAGCUGGCAAGUUUCUCGUCCUCGGAGGUGGUACACAGGGGACCCUUUAUGUACAGAGAUGUGUGAGAUGGCCUUCCAGCUCAAGAUCUGGGGGUCGGUAUGCUGGUUUCCCUGCAGAACGUUCCUGGGGAGCAUCAGAGACCCCCAUCUGGGUUGCGUUUGAUGGAUGGAGUUACCCAAAACCAAUGCAGAACAUUUUCUCGAGGUUUUCGGGAGGGUGGGUGGGGUGGGGGUCCUCUUGGAGAACCACAAGGACUCCCGACGUGUCUGGGGCCAGAUCGCCACCAGAAAAAUAGCCUGAUCACAUGUGAUCUCGACCCUUUUCGGCAGCAACAGAAAACCUCACCGUCCUUAAUUUAGAGGGAGGUUUUUUUGUUCAUUUGUUCUCAGGCAUUCAGACCGAUGGGAACUGCUCCAGUUCAGAGAUGUUGGGGAAACGUGUUGUUCGCUCAUUUGUGUUCUCAUUGUGGUAAAAUACACAUCACAGGAAAGUGACCGUUUUCACCAUUUUUUGAGUGUGCAGUUCUGUGGCAUUAAAUGCAUUCACAAUGUUGUGCAACCAUCACCACCGUCCAUCUCAAGGACUCUCUUCAUCUUCUCAAACUGCAACUGUCCUUUCUGUGUCUAUGAAUCCGACUUCUCUGGAGACGUCGUAUAAGCCGAGUCCUAUGACAUUCGUCCUUUCGUGACUGUCUUAUUUCGCUUACACGUGCCCCCAAGACCCAUCAUGUUGCGGCAGGUGUCGGGACCUCCUUCCUCGAUACGGCUGAAUAAUGUUCUGUUGUAUGAAACAGCCAUAUUUUGUUUGUCCACCCCCUGCUGAUGGACAGUUGGGUUGUUUCCUUCCAUCUUUUGGUUAUUGCGAACAGCGCUGCGAUCAAUUUGGGUAGACAGGCAUCUGUUUGAGUCCCUGCCUUCCGUUCUUUUGCGUGUAAACUCAGAAGUUGGUUCACUCAGGAUAAUUGCAGUGUCUCAACGUAAGAGGAAGACGGGAGAAGUGCUUGCAAAUUUCAAAUAAGAAUAAUGAACCGCUCUCCGCGCGGGGCCCCUCACAUCGCCCCGGACCCAUUUCCCCUGACUCUUACCUGGAAAAGGGUUUUUAAUUUUUGUUUGUGUUUCCCCUUGAGUCACGUCUUUAAACAGAAAGGAAGUCUGAAGCGUCCUCUAUCACUGACUCUGAGAAACAACGGAGUCUUACCCAACCCUCCCAAAAAGGGAACCCGGGUGAUGAGUUUCUCAGUCAGGUGUGGGGUGUGCGCUCACAAUGCCACGCUCCUUCCUGGUAAAGAGCAAGAAAGCUCACACCUACCACCAGCCCCGCCUCCAGGAAGAUGAACCCAUCUGGCCUCCUGCCUUUAGCCCUGGGGCCAGGGACCAGGUCCUGAGCAACGAUCCCGUCCUCAGCACCCUGUUCCCGAACCAGCGCCUGGCCUGGACUGACCUCAAACGGGAAACAGAGCUGGAACUGGACCAGAGCCUGACCAGGACGGCCUUGGUGCCAGACACGCGUCCGCUCUCCACAGAGGGCCCCGCUGUAAUGCCCCGAUCCCAGGACAGGGACUCCGACUCACCCCCGUUCUACAAGCCCAGCUUCUCCUGGGAUGCCCUGGCCUCCUCCUAUGGCCACAGCUACCGGCAGGCCCCCUCCACCAUGCAGUCUGCCUUCCUGGAGCGCUCCGUCAGCCUGUAUGGGAGCCCUCUGGUGCCCAGCACUGAGCCGCCCUUGGACUUCAGCCUCCGCUGCUCCCCGGGCAUGGACGCGUACCAUUGUAUCAAAUGCAACAAGGUGUUCUCCACCCCACACGGGCUCGAAGUGCAUGUCCGACGCUCCCACAGCGGGACCCGGCCCUUCGCCUGCGACAUCUGUGGCAAAACGUUCGGCCAUGCCGUGAGCCUAGAGCAGCACACGCACGUCCACUCCCAGGGGAUCCCGGCAGGGCCCGGUCCUGCACCCAGCGUGGCAGUCCCGGGUCUCGAGGCCCCGCCUGCGCCUGACCCCCCGGGGCCUCGUUUCCUCCGGCAGGAGCGCAGCUUCGAGUGCCGGAUGUGCGGCAAAGCCUUCAAGCGCUCGUCCACCCUGUCCACGCACCUGCUCAUCCACUCGGACACGCGGCCCUACCCCUGCCAGUUCUGCGGGAAGCGUUUCCACCAGAAGUCGGACAUGAAGAAGCACACCUACAUCCACACCGGUGAGAAGCCACACAAAUGCCAGGUGUGCGGGAAGGCCUUCAGCCAGAGCUCCAACCUCAUCACCCACAGCCGGAAGCACACUGGCUUCAAGCCCUUCAGCUGUGAGCUGUGCACCAAAGGCUUUCAGCGCAAGGUAGACCUGCGGCGGCACCGGGAGAGCCAGCACAAUCUCAAGUGAGGCUGCACCCGCCCCCGGCUCCGGGCCAGCCCGCCCUGAGGUCCCGAGACCCAGAGGGAGGCCGGCCUCGUGCACCCACACUUCCCCGCCCCCCCCCCCCCCCCCCGCCAGUCCCCUGGAGUCAGCACCGGAUGGGAAUCUUGCAGCCUGUUUUGAGACUCACGAAAUUGCUGUGUGACCUCGAGCAAGUGGCUUUCCCUCUCUGGACCGACGUGUUCCUGCUGCAAAGGGUGGGGACUGGGUCGGGUCUUUUCUGAGCUGAAGUUGUCUAGAGAUCUAAGAGCUUGGGCGCCUUCCCCAGGGCAGAGCCCAGAAGGCCAGCGUAGCCCCCUGUGGACAGGGGGAGGCCGAGAAUAGACCGGAACUGGGAUCCACAGAGAAAUCUUCCCCCUGCCCGCUGCCCUUUGUGCUGAGAUCUGGUUUUCAGCGGGCCUCUUUCUGGCUGCCACGGAUGGCCAGAGCCGUCUCCUGCCCCAGCGGGAGGCCCGACACCCCUCUGCUUCAGGCAGUGCUGCUGGCACUCAGCUGGCCAUGGGGGUUCCAGUUCUGCUUUGAGGCCAUGGGGCUGGAGAAAACAGCAGUUACCGCCAUCAAAAGCCUGUCCCUCUCAACUGCUGUAAAUCCAAAUAAAGACACAGAUUUAUUUACAUUUGACCCGCGUCUAACAAGUGCCUAGUGGGUGCGAGCUGGCUUUGGGAAGGGAUGGCAGAGAAGGCUGGGGUGCCUGUCUGGCUCAGUCCGAACAGGAUGUGCGUCUUGAUCUCGGGGUUGUGAGUUCGAGCACCACGUUGGGUGUGGAAAUUACUAAAAAAAAAAAUUAAAAGCCAACAAAACAAAACACACACACAGAAAGCUGUGGAGUUGCUGGCCGACAGGUUGGGGGACGUGUGCCCAGACCAAACUGGUGAGUGCUGGAAUAAAGUGUAAGAGACCCUUGGGGCAAGGUUGCUGGGGAAGGGGGAGGCUAAUGCCGUGCGAGCCGGUAUCUGUUUUCUGGCUGCUGUUAACGAAUUACCGUGAAGUUACUGGCUUAAAACAAUACGAGUUAUCCUUGUGCGGUCCUGGAGGUCAGGAGCCCCAAAUGACUCUUACGGGGCUGCACCCAAGGAGUUCCCAGGGCUGGAGCCUCCAGGGGAGAGGCCGGGGGCCGCCCUCAGCUUGCGGCCGGUUCAUCCGUCUCGAAAGCAGGCCUCUCUGACCCUUGUUUCCAUCUCCCGUGUUAUUCUUCUGCCUGGCCUCCCUCUUGUAAGGACGCUUGUGAUCACAUGGGGUUCACCGGAUGAUCCGGCAUAAUCUUUCCAUCUCAAGGUUCUCGACGUCAUCGCCUUGCCGUGUGCUGAAUAAUGGCCCCCAAAGAUGACACCCGCGUCCUAAUCCCUGGAACCUUAUAUGGCAAAAGGGACUUUGCAGAUGUGGUCCAGUGAAGCUUGACGCGGCCCUUCACUAGCUGUAGAAUGUGACAGAGGGUCCUUGUCCAUUGGGAGGAUUCUCUGAGGCCGUGCAGCAGUGAGCAGGGCCGUGAAUGUCCUGCCCAUCCUUUGAGGCCCACUCAAAUGCUGCCUCCUCCAUGAAGCCUCCCUUGGUUAUUCCAGCCAGGAGCUCUCCCACCUCUGAAGGCUGAGCUCUUUGGGCUUCCCAGCUCAGGACCCACUGAACCUGCAAUGAUUAUAUGUGGGUCACUUUCCCCUCUGCCAGAAGGUAUUCUCUGGGCUCCAGCCCUCAGCACCAAGCCCAUGCCUGGCCCACAGCAAGGGGACACUUCGGAAUGAGUCUCCUCCAGGUACCGAGUGGGACCCAGGGUUUUCACACAGCGAGUCUAACCCACACAACCCUCUGCAAAGGCGGUGUCAUUAUCCUACACAGCAGGCAAGUGCAGAGUUGGGAUUCCAAUCUGAUUCAGGGGCAAGAUGGCAGCGUUCUUCAAGUCUCUGUUGACCCUUCCUCCCAAUGAAGCCAGCAGAGGCUUCCCCCAGACCUCCCAUCUGCUUGAACCUGUGGGGUCCUGAGGCCUCCUGGACGAUGGCAAUCCCUCCUCCUAGGCUCUGGGUCUGGCCAGACAGGACCCCUCCACACUUCAUUCCAGAGGCGUUUUCUGUUUACCAUAGCCAGAAGUGCCCUGACAGGUGUAUGAAGCAGAGGUAAGGGGUUGAGAUUUGCAUGGGAGGGUCGUCUGGCCUCCCUAUCAGGCUCCCCGUUUGUGGGGUUUCCCAACAAAGUCUUGGAGACCACCCGCUUCCCCCUCUCCUCCGGUCCAUGGACACAGAGGGGCCCACAGAGGCAGAUGGGCAUGCCCAAAGCCACACAUGGGGGCCAGGCCUGGCCUGGAAUGGAUCCGUGUCAGGGGCCAGGGAGGGUGCUGGGGACACGAACACACAGACACACACACACACACACACACACACACACACACAUGCACGGAUGGGGAGCUGCUUUGCAUGUUCUUUGUUUGCUAAACAAAGCCACACCAAUAUUAGGAAUUUGGCCACUUCUGCAGCAGGGCGGGGUGAGAAAGAGAAGCCGGGCUCGACGACAGACAGACACACACGUUUCUUCAUCCGCGGGGGUUCCAGAGCUCACUUCCACCGAGCCCCCCGUGGUGUGGGGGCUGGGGGACAGUGGAGGCCGGAACCCCGUUUGCACGUUGCUGAGAAAGGGGGCCAGUGCGGGCAGGCGAAAC